AUGGAUGACAAUGUACAUACGCCACACCUUCCUCCAGAAAUCCUACUAUCCAUAUUCCAAACCAUAGAAGGUCACCAUACAUGUCUCCGGUCUGCAGCUCUGGUAAGCAAGGAAUGGUUCGACCCGGCUACUGAUGUGCUCUGGCGAGAUCCUCCUCCGGCAGCAUUGGCAUCGCUUCCUGCUCGCCGUCGACAGUUUUACGCAACAAAAAUCACCGAACUGUAUUUCAGAAGUGUGGAUGAGAGCAAAUAUCACUCUCAGUACAAGAACCUCAAGUUUCCGAGACUAAAGUGCAUCGGUUUGGACGUCGUACGCUUACGAAAGAAUCAAAAGCUGCACCUCGGACACUACAUACAACCUCGUCUAGAGUCCUUUUCAUAUUGGGGUGGCCAUCCUUGUGAAGAUGCUCUUGAAAGGUUGGAGACUGAAUGUCCUCGGUUGCACGAUUUGCAUCUUGUAGAACCUCUCGAGCUGGAACUCGACGUGGAAAAGCUAAACAAGUUUUUGCGCAAUCGAACAUCGUUGCGGAACAUCGAGUUUGGCAGAGGUUGGACGUAUUCGCUACAGAACGAAGUGCUUGCUCAGGUCUCGACUAUUGAUCACCUUGAACGGCUCGAUAUCGUGCCUUUCCUCAGACCAGCAAUGGUACAAGAAGUCUUCUCUGACCCGUCGAACAAGUUUAAGAACCUACGCAUCCUCCAUCUCCGACUGCCGUCUGUAUCAGUCGCUUUGUUAGCAGCCGCUGCUGAUUCUGUCGAUACAUUGUUCCUCGAAGCUGGAGACUCCGAGAAUGAUGUGCUUCAAGCUCUCGAGCCCAUGACACAUCUGCGUCACCUCGAGAUCGAGUAUCAUAACCUACACAGAGGCGUGGACUUCUCAGAAGAGAGUAUGAAGUCACUCGGAACAUUCCAAGACCUCGAGAUCUUACUGAUCCGUACUUGGACAAGAGGGCGUGCCUACUUCAACAACAUCAAUGCUGCAUGGUUGGGCGAUGAACAGUUCGACAGUUUGAUGUCGAGUCUGCCAAAACUCAAGAGCCUUGCUUUCCAGGUCGAGUGCAGCAUCACACUCAAGGCCAUCACCUCAUUGAGCAAGACACAUCCUGAGAUCUAUUGCUGUGAUUUGUAUGGCGUCUUUGACCUCGAUGACUGGGCAAUACCCACAGAACCAAUAUUUCCCCAGUUGAGAAGGUUCGCGAUCGAUGCACCAAACUUGCGGGGCCGUACAAGAGCUUCAACCACCUCACUUCCCGCAAAGGUGGACCGUAUCAUUGAUAUCAUCCUACGACAACUACCCAUGCUUGAACAGCUAGGCUUCCAUGACUUUGAAAGAAACGUGGUCGCCGACCAAGUGCUUGAAAAGUAUGCUGUACGCAUAGAUGGCGCCUUCAAUGAGAAACAAGCCACCACACAUCGACCGUGGUCUUGGAUGGUCAAGAAUCCCAGAGUCAAAUCGCGAAAGAGCGUGGAUCAUGCAAACGAUAUGGAGUUGAUCAGGCGCAAUGGUCUGUCACACGUCUUUGACAUGUAUGACCUAGGACGCGACGGCGAUUGA